CGAUAUGCAGACGUCUCGCCAAACCUAAUUGAAUUAAGAAGAAAGAUUUCCACAUCUGCAAAACUGUUUUCAAUUAGGAUCAACUUUAUAAUUGCUUUUAUUGAUUCCCGAAUCCAAUAUAGGCGUGGCAACUGAACAGAUGUUGUUCUCGACACGUGCCAAUCGAGCCCAAAAGUAUCGAAACUUAAUUGCGAUAUUGAAACGAUGAAACAAAGCCAUAAUUAUUUAUUAACAUUUAAUUAUACUCUGAAUUUGUAAUUUGUUGAAUGCAAACUCGUAAUUAAUUUCAGUAUUGAAUUUUUAUUGUUGCCAACUAAAAGCUGAAUUGCCCGUAAAGUAAACAAUUUCCAUAAAAAAAAUCACCAAAACUAGAAACUGAGAUGAAGAAGAAAAAAACCCGCGGAAGUAAACAAAAGCGUUAACGGUGUGAAACCGAUUUGCGCCCAUUUGGUCAAUAUUAGCCGAAACGUUGAGCAAGGUCAAUGUCGUUCAACAACGGUUAACAGAGGCGUCUGCAAAACGUUUGUUUUUUUUUCUGUUGGUGAUCUGUGAAAGCAUGGAACCAGAACCAGUCCAUGACGAUUUCACGCGAUUUCGACGCGUUUUCAAAGCGACUUUUGAGCGUUUCAACGCGUUUCUAGCGUGUUUCCGUUCGCUGAAGACGAAAUGAUGCGACAACAUUGAAGGUCUGCAAGUUUCCGAAACAUGCAAAACACAUAUUUGGAAAUUUGCCGAAGAACAGAUGCUUUGGGCUGGUCACGGUGUGGCUGGCUGCUCUUGAGUUUGCUUAUAAAACUGUUUUUAACCGCGAGCUGCAACUUUAGUUACGAUUUGUCAGUUGCCAGUUGCGAGUUUAGUAUCUGUAUCUCAGUAUCUGUAUCUUUCGGAAUGUAUUUGCCGGCACGCUUAAGUCUGCUCUGUGUGUUGUUCGCACUCGUCGCCGGUCAGCGAAGCAAAGCAAAGCAGUCAGAUCGUCCACAGGGUCGCACUUUGGGAUUACUCUCGCCGCUGCUCUUCGGCACAGCUGGGCCCUUAUUCGAUGUGCCCAUUGCACCCGUUGGAGGAGGCAGCGUUGCUGGUAGUGGAACUGGAGGUGGAAGUGGCACACAGUCGGAUCAGUUUUAUGGUGGCGGAGGAGCAGGCGGCUAUCCGAGCAAUGGUUAUGGCAAUGGCUACGGAAACGUCUACGGUUAUAGACCAGGCUAUAGCUAUGGAUAUCCAGCCCUAGGCUUAGGCUAUCCGGGUCUUGCUCAAGGCUUCUUUGGCUACCCCGGCUAUGGGUAUUACAGGCCUGCUUAUAACUAUUACAACUACCAGCGACCAGUGCAAUAUCCACAAAACUAUUAUGGAUCGAGACCAAACUAUGGCAACUACAACAACUUGGCGAGUGCAGUGCCCGCAGCCAGUGCCUCACAGACUACUGCUGUUGCACCUGCCGCAGCUGCCGGAGCAGGCUCACAACUCAGCACAGCUCAGGCGGCUCAGCUCGCUGGACUUUUGGGUCAGGCACUUGGCAGCAGCCUGCGUCCUUUGGUGGCCAACGGUGGUGCAGGAGCUGCUGCUACUGGAGCUGGAGCUGGCGUCAAUCCACAAGCCUUGAGUAGUUUGUUGGGUUUGCUCGGCUAGUAUUAUAAAACAAUGACAAAUCGUAUGCCAAAACUUCGCUUAUUGCUGACGAGACGAGUGUUAUUAGUUAGUCAUAGGAAUAACAAAGUAUUUAUAGUUUAAGCAUUGUUAAACUAAUUUUAAACAAUCUAAAUAUAAUA